UAUGGAUGAAGUCGCAGAACAAAUGCGCACGUCGUGAACGUGCGCGGUGUCGCGGGGAUCUCUCUCUCUCUCUCCCUCUCUCUCCUGUUGAUUGUGGCUGCUGAGCGCGUGGAGGAGCACACACACACACACACACACACACACAGAAUCAGCUCGUCAGUGGAGAGAGCGUCAAACUAGAAGAGAAGCUGGUCUCAGGCAGGAUUCGCACUGGAUGUCAUUUCUCCCGGGUUUCGCUUAUAGAAAAGGACGCGUCAGUGUUUUCACUUGUAUCUUUGUUCUCAGUGUUGACUAAAGACCUCAGAGGAAUAAUAAUAACAACAACGACAAUAAUAAUAAUAAUAAUAAUAAUAAUAAUAAUAUAGUCUUUUAUUUUUUUAAAUCCUGGGCUUUUUUCCGCAGCUUUUUUUUGCGUCUCUCCUUUGUCACAGCAGAGUAGGUCGUGAUUUAUUUAUUUGUUUGUAUGUAACAUCACGGGAUUCAUGGUGGGAGCGUUUCCUUUCAUCAAUGUGCAUUGAUGUAGCAGAAAACGUGGAGGAGAUAAGAACCCUUAUCUCAGCACCUGGAACCAUUGAUAAGGAUUUCAUUGAGGACGUUCAGCAAUUAAAGGGAUUUCGAUUUCAUCCAAAUCGGGAUUUACACAUCCAAACUGGGAUCUAUGAGCGGAAAAGUGGCGAAGCCUAAAGAAGACAAGGAUGCUUCCAAGGUCCAGGAUGACGCUGCCCCAGGUACCCAGGAGUACAUUAUGUUACGGCAGGACUCCAUCCACUCCGCGGAUAUAAGGAGUAAAGGGUCCCCCUUUCGUGCUAAGUGUCACGAAAUCUUCUGCUGCCCCCUGAAGCAAGUCGUCCACAAAGAAAGUGCAGAGCCCGAAGAGCCCCAGCUGAAGGGGAUCGUGACAAAGCUGUACAGUCGACAAGGUUUCCACCUGCAGCUGCAGGCAGACGGAACCAUUGAUGGAACGAAGGAGGAAGACAAUGGUUACACCAUGUUCAACCUUAUUCCAGUGGGACUGCGAGUGGUGGCCAUCCAGGGGGUGCAGACCAAACUCUAUCUAGCGAUGAACAGUGAAGGCUACCUAUACACAUCAGAACACUUUACGCCAGAGUGCAAAUUCAAGGAGUCGGUGUUUGAGAACUAUUAUGUGACAUACUCCUCCAUGAUAUACCGGCAGCAGCAGUCAGGCAGGGGCUGGUACCUUGGUCUGAACAAGGAGGGCGAAAUCAUGAAGGGGAACCACGUCAAGAAGAACAAGCCAGCAGCCCACUUCCUUCCCAAACCUCUCAAGGUGGCCAUGUACAGAGAACCAUCCCUCCAUGACCUGACAGAGUUCUCCCGCUCCGGCAGCGGCACACCCACCAAGAGUCGGAGUGCCUCGGCCGUACUCAACGGAGGCAAAGCCGUGAGCCAGAAUGAGUCAACGUAGCCCGGUUUCGGAAAUCCGGGCCCUGUGGUUGAACCAUGAAACCUUACCUCCAGCAGAGCGUGAAUCCAAGCAGACUUCUCACUGAUCAGUGGUUCAGGACUUGCUACAACUAACAACACACAAACACCCACACAACAUCUAUAAAAUAAUAAUAAAAAAAACAACAACUACAACAACAAAAAACAAAAACACACAGCUAAGCUCCAUCUUGGUCGAUCACUGUUUCCGUCUCAAAAUACUGUAGUAUCGAAAGUAAGAAACUUGACAGAACACAAACCAUUCUAGACUUAAAGAGGCAAUUUAUAAAUUUGUUUUGGCCUUGGGAUUUAUUUAUUAACUCGAUUACUCUCUUUAGGUGAUAAUUGCAUAUACCAGUUAGCUCAUCUUUAUCCCUCUUUUCUCCUCAUUUUGUGUGGACAGUUACUUUUCUUUGGUCAUGUAGACAUCAAGCACUCGUGCAUCAGACAGUGACAAGAAGUUAGACAUGCAAGUGUUCAGGGCAGCCAGUAAUGAUGCUGGUCUACAGGCUGUAGUCGUACAGUGCAAACCCUGCUUCUGUGAAAACAAAGCCUAUAAACUCCCUGGUAUGGCACAGCCUAGAGUUGCUGGGACUGUGGCCAGCCAGAAGGUAGCUCUCCUGCAUCCUAGUGCACAUGCUCAGAGACUGAGCUCUCUGUAGCACAGGAAAAUGAAGCCUAUGUUCAGCUGACCUGAUAUAUAAAAAGGGACAGUGUGGCUCUCUUGCAGUUUUUUUUUUUUUCCUGAGAUACCACACCUGCACCUUUUUUUUUUGUUUUUUUGCUAAUUUACUGAAUUAGCAGAGAGCUUUUCAUUUGAUAACUGGUUUGUUAUUGUCUGUUCUCGUUCCCUGCCCUUGCCAUUGUUCAGUAUUUGUGUUUUUGUUGCCAUUUCGUCAUUGAAAGGAGUUCCAGCAAACCAAAGACAGAACCUAUGAGAGUCCCUUUAAGCCACUGAAACCGAGUCAGAAUUAAGGCAAAUCUGGAAUUGUUGUGCAUUGUACAUGUUUGAUGAAAAGAAAGCAAAGGUUGUGUGGGACAAAAAAAAGGAACAACAGACAAAGGAAGUGAUUUUAAACACUUUACAGUUAGCAACGCGCUUAAUGUUAUGCUUUUUGCUGAUGUGCUCAGUGGCUAAGUUCUGAAAUGAUUACUGAAAUGAUGUCCCCAUUACCUUCUGUUACUACUGUGUUCACAACGUCUUCGUCUUUUGUCCUCGUGAUCCGUCACCCCCACCCCCCUCCCUCUGUGCUCGUGUCAUGCUUCGACUCCUUUGCCAUCCGUUUUUGUCGACUUCUAUUGACUGAUGCGGUUCACCAUAGAAAUAUGGCGCAACAAGCCCCUUCCCCAGGAUGCUUGUUAUGUGUUUGAGUAACUUAUUGUGGUGAAAAUAUUUUCUAUAUUUAAAAAAAAAAGAAAAAGAAAGAAUACUGUGGAAUUUUAGGUGGCUUAACAUUUUAUAGGAUACGUCAUAUUUGUAAAAGUGAAAAAAGAUUAAAAAAACUAACCUUCC